CAAAGUCAAAUCGACAUUCAUUGAUGAAGUAUCUUUACAAUUGACUGGUUUGUGUUCAGAUUUCAGAACUCAGAAUUAUUUUGUUUUUGGAAAACAGAAGUCCACUUAUUUCUAUUCGAUAUCAUGUUUAUAUACUUAUUUAUUUUACUGUUGUGCACUACAAGUACUCUUUGUAAUCAUGAUGUCGAUAUCAGAUCGGAAGAAGAUGUUGGAGUGAAGUACGCUAAUAGAUGCGAAGUUUGCAAAAUUCUGGCCACUGAACUACAAGACAGGCUCGAAGAAACCGGCAAAGUGCACGAUGUUAUUGAAGUAGGAUACUCACUCGAUGAUAUCCAACCUAAAAAGAAAACCAGUUACCAAAAAUCUGAACUAAGACUUAUCGAAUCACUAGAAGGAGUAUGUGAAAAAAUCUUACAAUACAACAUACAUAAAGAAAGACAAGACAGCACGAGAUUUGCCAAAGGAAUGAGCCAGACUUUUAAAACCUUGCAUGGGUUGGUAGAUAAAGGUGUCAAGGUGGAUUUAGGCAUUCCAUAUGAACUGUGGGAUAAGCCUUCAGCAGAAGUAACUCACAUGAAGACACAAUGUGAGAGCUUGCUGGAAGAAAAUGAAGAGGCUGUGGAGGACUGGUAUUGGAAUUUCCAAGGUGAAGUGGACUUAAAGCAUCAUCUUUGUACAAAACAUGCUUUACAAGGCACAGAUGACUCAUGUUUGUAUGAAGAUCUUCAACCUAAGGGGGAAAAAGGCCAACCUGACAAAACAGAGCUCUGACGUGAAUAUUAGAUUUAUCUAGUGUAUAUUAUGAACAAAUUUUAAAUGUAAAACCUCAGUGAGAUAGUUGUUAUAAUAGUCAUCCUUAAUAAGUACACAAAAUCCUGUUCAACAAAAGUGGAGAUAAAACUGAUGUGAGGUGUUCUCUGGGUUUUAAUGAUAAUGACUGAGGCUGAACUACUGACAUGCUAUGAAAAAGAUACUGCAAGUGUCAUACUGAGGACCUAAUCUGCAUUUGAAUGUAUAAAAGGCUAAAUUAAAAAGACCACCAUAACCAUG